AUGGGUCGUAAAGGUAAGGGUCCUAAAAACAACAAACAAAAGUUAGCUCCAGAGAAGGAACGAUUUUUGCAAUGUUGCUCCGAUAUUACGGUCGAAUUGGUUAAUUCUUUAACUGGCGGUGCCAGUAAGGAGGUUAACCUAAAUGGUUUAAUUACUAGAUAUUCUAAGAAGUAUAAGUUGAAGCAGCAACCACGUUUGACAGAUAUAAUCAACUCUAUUCCUGACCAGCAUAAAAAAUAUUUAUUACCAAAGCUUAAGGCCAAACCGGUACGUACGGCCUCUGGUAUUGCUGUGGUUGCUGUGAUGUGCAAACCACAUAGAUGUCCUCAUAUUGCAUACACAGGUAAUAUAUGUGUGUACUGUCCUGGUGGGCCAGAUUCUGAUUUUGAAUAUUCUACACAAUCUUACACUGGUUACGAACCAACAUCCAUGCGUGCCAUCCGUGCGCGUUAUGAUCCUUAUGAGCAAGCGCGUGGUAGAAUCGAGCAAUUAAAACAGUUGGGGCACUCCAUUGAUAAAGUCGAGUAUAUUAUUAUGGGUGGUACGUUUAUGUCUUUACCUAAAGAUUAUAGAGAGGACUUUAUUGUAAAGUUACACAAUGCUCUAUCUGGUUUCAACGGUAAUGAUAUAGAUGAAGCCAUUCAGUAUUCUCAACAAUCCUUGACUAAGUGUGUUGGUAUUACGAUCGAAACUAGACCUGACUACUGUACACAAACCCAUUUAGAUGAUAUGUUGAAGUAUGGUUGUACCAGAUUGGAGAUUGGGGUCCAAUCUUUAUAUGAAGAUGUGGCUAGGGAUACAAAUAGAGGACAUACCGUGAAAUCUGUGUGUGAGACUUUUGCUGUGGCAAAGGAUGCUGGAUAUAAGAUUGUUUCUCAUAUGAUGCCGGACUUGCCAAAUGUCGGAAUGGAAAGAGAUAUUGAACAAUUUAAAGAGUACUUUGAAAAUCCUGCUUUCAGAACUGAUGGGUUGAAAAUCUAUCCAACAUUAGUUAUUCGUGGUACAGGUCUUUAUGAGCUUUGGAAAACAGGUAGGUAUAAGUCCUAUAAUGCAAAUGCGUUAGUGGACUUAGUAGCACGUAUAAUGGCCCUUGUGCCUCCAUGGACCAGAAUUUAUCGUGUUCAAAGAGAUAUUCCUAUGCCCUUGGUUACAUCCGGUGUUGAUAAUGGUAACUUAAGAGAGUUAGCACUCGCUAGAAUGAAGGAUUUCGGUACUACUUCUAGAGAUGUGCGUACCAGAGAGGUAGGUAUACAAGAAGUGCAUCAUAAGGUUCAGCCUGAUCAAGUUGAACUCAUUAGAAGAGACUACUAUGCUAAUGGAGGUUGGGAAACUUUCCUUUCCUACGAAGAUCCAAAACAAGACAUUCUAAUCGGUCUAUUGAGAUUAAGAAAAGCUUCAAAGAAAUACACAUAUCGUAAAGAAUUUACAUCACAGAAAACAUCCAUUGUUAGAGAGCUACACGUUUACGGCUCAGUUGUUCCUUUGCAUUCUAGAGACCCACGUAAGUUCCAACAUCAAGGUUUUGGUACUUUGUUAAUGGAAGAAGCUGAAAGAAUCGCUAGAGAAGAGCAUGGCUCUGAAAAGAUCUCAGUUAUAUCCGGUGUUGGUGUUAGAAAUUAUUAUGCAAAAUUAGGAUAUGAGCUCGAUGGACCCUAUAUGUCUAAGAAAAUUCAACAGGACUCUUGA